AUGUCCCAAAAGAUUGGAAGAACCGGUAUAGCAUUUGCCAGACUCUGGCACAGCGUCGACGUCGCCAAAGAUGAACGUACUUUGGGUAGAUUAGCCUCGUCAAUAGCCACCACCUUAAUGGGGAAACAUAAACCAGUGUACCAUCCUACCAUCGACUGCGGCGACUACGUGGUGGUCACCAACUGCAACAGAUUGAAAGUCUCUGGGAACAAGAUGCAAGAAAAGGAAUACUGGUCACAUAGUACAAAACCCGGUAAUUUGAAAUUGGUCACCAUGGAAAAAAUGGCUGCCGAUAAAGGGUUUGGCGAAUUGUUGAGAAAAGCCGUGAGUGGGAUGUUGCCAAAGAAUAAAUUAAGAAAAGUCAGAUUGGAAAGAUUGAAACUAUUCGACGAUAGCGAGCAUCCAUACAAACAGAAUUUCAUCGCCCACUGGGAUCAACAAGCUCAAGUUCAAAAAAUCCUCCAGCAACAAAAGAAAGAUAAUGCUAAAUAA